ACUGUGAACAAGAAAAGCUUUGGAGCAAGCAAUCGAAAGCUCUCAGUAGCGCCGCGUGCGCGUCCCAUGGCCUGAGCCACCGAGCGGCGAGCCCGCGCCGCCGCCCGCCGAUGCCCACGUCCCCGCCGCCCUCUCCCAACGCUGCAUCCCUCACUCCAAGGGCCGCCGCGGGGCUCCUCGCCCGCUGCACCUCCCGCGCCGCCGCGGCAGCGCUCCACGCGCGCCUCCUCCGCUGCUCCCGCGCCUUCUUCCGCUCCCCGUACCUCGCCAACUGCCUCGGCGCCGCCUACUCCCGCCUCGGCGCCGCCCCGUCCGCUAUCGCGCUCCUGCGCGCCAUCGCCAGGCCCAACGUGUUCACCAGCAACAUCCUCCUGUCUGGGAACCUCGGAUCCGGCCUCCUGGAGGACGCGCGAAGGCUGUUCGACGGGAUGCCCCAGAGGGACGCGGUCACCUACAACGCCAUGCUCUCCGGCUACGUCGGAGCCGCUCUUCCGAACGAGGCGUUACGCCUCUUCUGCUCCAUGAGGGAGCAUGGCGUCAGGCCAACGGGCUUCACCUUCUCCAUAGUCUCGUCGGCAGUUGCCUCUGCCCACCACAGCCAGCAGCUUCACGCCGCCGCCGUCCGACACGGCCUGGCACACCUUGAUGCCGUAGUCAGCAAUGCACUCAUUGAUAUGUAUCGCCGCAUUGGCCUCUUUCAGUAUGCAGCACACGUCUUCUCAUGCAUGGAAGAACCAGAUGUCACCUCCUGGAACUCUGUCAUGUCAGCUUACAAGGACCAGGCUCUCAGUGGUACUGUCUUUGACUGUUUCCGGUCCAUGAGGAGCAAAGGCUUCUCUGUCGAUGGCUUCAGUGUGUCCACUGUGCUCAGUACCUGCUCAGAUGUCAAGGAUUUCGCCAAAGGUGACCAGAUGUUGGCCCUUUGUGUUAAAAUGAGCUUCCUUACAAACUCCAUUGUUUGUAGUGCUGUUAUUGACUUCCUCUGCCUGUCUGACAGACUGUCUGAUGCUGUUCAACUUUUCAGAGGAAUGCCAACAUGGGACUCAGAACUUUGCAAUGCACUGAUAUCAGGCUAUGCAAAGGGCGGCCUAAUGGAGGAAGCCCUCAGCCUCUUUGCAGCAUCUAUACGAAAUGGUGUUGUUCCAACCGAGUUCACAUUUGCGAGUGUGCUGGGAUGGAGUUCAUGCUUUGGUUUAAUGGAGCAGGGUACUCAAAUCCAUUGCCUCGUUUGUAAGCUUGGGUUUCAGGAUGAUGUAAUUGUCUCCACGGCCCUUACAGACAUGUACUGUAAAUUGGGGUUAACAAGGCAUGCCAGGAAAAUUUUCAGGGCAGUUGUUGCCAAGGAUCUGGUAUUAUGGAAUACAAUGCUGCGUGGUCUAUUGCAAAAUGGAAGAGGUAAGGAAGCCCUUGGAAUAUUUAGAAGGAUGCUCAAGUGUGGUAUCCAACCUGAUAGAAUCACUCUUUUUGGAGCUUUGUCUGCAUGUAGUUUGGAAGGUUUGGUAGCUGAAGCACUGGAUAUACUUACCCUGUUUAAAGAUACGUACUGUAUUAUGCCUAGCCUGGAGCACUAUGCUUGUGUGGUCGAUGUGUUAUGCCGUGCAGGAAUGUUGAGAGAGGCAGUGAAUUUUGUAGAGAACAAGCUGCUGGAGUUUGCUGCUGCUACAUUCUCUAAUAUUCUUGAGGCCUGCAUAAUCCAAGGGAACACUGGCAUGGCAGAGCUAGUUGCUGAAAAGAUGGUGAUGCGAAAAUCCCGAUCGUCACUGCCAUAUAUUGUUUUAGCUCACAUAUAUGGUGCAAGAUGUAAGUGGGAAAAAAUGGCUGGAGUAUGGAGGUCAAUGGAAAAUCAAAGAGCAAAGAAGGCUCAGUCAUGCAGCUGGCUAUGUAUCAAGAAUCAUAUUUAUGUGUUUAAAUCGGAACAGAUAUUGCACCAUGGAAAAGGAGCUACUUAUGAGGUGUUGGACCUUCUAUUUUGGGACAUGAUGGAUCAGCCCAAGAAGAGUGAAGGAUUAGAUUGUCUCCAGCUGUUCCCGGACUAUCCUUAAUGCGCUUCCUAACAAGUUACCUUGCCUUGACAAUACAGAAGUUUUGGAGUGUCAAAGACUAUGAACACUCAAAAAAGGUGUAGCAGUUACUAGAAUCCUUUUGCAAUAUUGUACCUUACUUCUUUUCCAAUCAUUUUUUAUUGGAAUUGUUAUUUACAGGUUGCAGUAAACGUUUCCAAGACCUGGUUAGACUAUUGAAACCUGGCAAUUUCUUUGUGUGAAUGUAGCUACUGCAAGGUUACAGAAGAUAUUGAGAUAUAUGACAGAUGUUUGGUGGGUGCUGGUCAUUCCCUGCACAUGCUGUGCUGUCAAAUGACAUCACUUGAUCACGCUAUGUGAUGGUGUCUCUGUCUUUGUUUCUUGCACUGGUAGGUGUUGCGUGCUUUGGUACUACCAGUGCAAGUUCUGAUGAUCAAGAGCCUGCUCAAGGACCCAAUAGUGUGCCCACAAACUGGAAAUCGGACUCCAUCGACCCCUGUGCCUAGUCUUUGGUCUCUUGCUCACCAGAGAUUCUUGUCACUGACUCACUGCACUGGAAACUCCACGCAAGAACCUUUCCGAUCUGCUCUCCCCAAGCAUAGGGAACUUGAUCAAUCUUGAGACACUUCCGCUGCAGAACAACAAGAUAACUGGGCAUAUCCUGACAGAGAUAGGCCAGGUAGCAAAGCUCAGUACACUUGAUCCUUCUAGUACUUGGACAUGUUGUACAAUAGCUUGAGUGAUCCUAUACCGAUAACUUUUGCUAGAACAUUCAACAUAGUCGGGAGUCCUCUCAUCUGUGCUGAGGAACAAGGUUGUACUAGGGCUGUGGCGACACUGAUAUCCUAUCCCUAUAUCACCUGUCAACAGUAGAAGCCACAAGUUUGGAGUUUGCUUACCUUAUCAAGGUGCAGAUAACCAGAUGUAACUCUGACCGGCCUCAAUGUUUUCUUCUUUAUUACUGAUGGAUUGUAAUUCUUUCCUAUUUCAAUGUGUUGGUAUGGAUUUCUGGCCACUUCAGACCAUCACGUAGAGAAGGCUAGGUUUCAGUAGUCCAAGAUGCUUGAGGCUGUGACUAGUACAGCACAUUCGAAGCGAUCGCAUCCUUGAUAACGAUGGCGGAAUAGAAUUUAUCGCAAGAAAUCAAGAACAUUCUGUUUCCUCUACUGUCUACUCCUAUGAUAAAGACAGUUGCUUUGUACGCUACAUAUUCUCACAUUUAUCUGCACGUAUUAUGCCUAAAAGAAGAGUGUUGACUGUUGACUCAGAAUUGCAAAAUGCAAACUGAUAAGCCGCCGAGCAUAGAUCCUUGCUUUUUCUUUCUUUAGACGAUGGUUUGACAUGACGAAUGCAUAGGAUUCCUAUCCAGGGUCUCGUUGGGUUAAUUCCGGAUGGAGGGGGUCGGAGAGGAGUAAUGUCCCAAUUCCCUUGUAGUGAAAUCAAUCCUGUAUGAUUACUUUCACA